GAAAAAAAAACCAGAAAAGUGGGUGGCGUAUCCUGUCCCCACACCGACGCCAAAAUCAAAUCCUCAUCCCCAAUAGCAAUCUCCGCCCUCUCCAUCUCUGCCCUCCGCCUUAUCCCCUAUCUCUUCCUCCGCCACAUUUUCCGAUCUCCCCCUCCCACCACUUCAAUAUCCUCUCCUUCUUCUCACGCCACCUCCCUCGUCCACAGGAGGCCUCCACCCUCCACCCUUUUCCUCGUUGCGUUCCAGGCCUCCACCCUCCACCCUUUUCCUCGUUGUGUUCCAGGGUUUCCCCUUCCGAUGGUCCUGAUUCUCGACGUUUUUCUGGAGAUCUUAUGGAAGCCCUUGGCAGCCGAUGUCGCCGCCACCUUCUCAUUCUUCGUCGUCCCAAUCUGCGUUGCCGUCAUCACCGGGGUGCUGCUUGGAUGGGCGUGGCGGCCCGGCUGGGUCACCGGGCUCCUAGGCGCCAACAGUGAAUCACGGCGUUUGCCGGUGGCUGAUUACGCGCGGUCAUCUGGCCCCAACAUGUUGGCGGCUGAGGCGGUCGAUACGAGGGCGGAUGAAAAGCUGAUUUAUGGGAGCCAGGAACCGGUGGUGACCGACGAGGAUUUGGAGCACCUGUUCCGGUUGGUGGAGGAGACAGACGGGGGGCAGGUGUGGCAGAAGAUGAUGGAUAAGUCCUUGCCUAACAUGACAUAUCAAGCUUGGAAAAGAGAACCCAAGACUGGUCCUCCACAGUAUCGUAGCAGCACUAUAUAUGAGGAUACAGCACCAGAAACAUUGAGGGAGUUCUUUUGGGAUGAUGACUUUCGGAUCAAGAAUGGCUGGGAUGAUAUGCUCCUCCAAUAUACCACAUUGAAGGAGUGCAUGACUACAGGGACAAUGGUAGUUCAAUGGGUUCGAAAGUUUCCUUUCUUCUGCAGUGACAGGGAGUAUAUUAUUGGUCGACGCAUAUGGGAGUCAGGACAGACUUACUAUUGCAUAACAAAGGGAGUGCCAUGCUCAACUGUACCUAGGCGCAACAAACCAAGACGUGUUGACGUGUAUUAUUCGAGCUGGUGCAUUCGUGCAGCUGAAUCAAAAAGGGAUGGUCAGAUGACUGCUUGUGAGAUUCUUCUAUUUCACCAUGAAGACAUGGGCAUUCCAUGGGAGAUUGCAAAGCUAGGUGUCCGUCAGGGAAUGUGGGGCUGUGUCAAGAAGAUAGAACCUGGCCUUCGAGCAUACCAAGCUGCCAGGAGGUCCGGCGAACCAUUGUCACAUUUUGCUUUGAUGUCACAUAUCAACACCAAUUUUGAUGCUGUGCGAUUGAGUUCACUUGAGAGCAGUACUGGUUCAUCAGCUGAUACUGUUGAAGCAGAGAAACCAAAGAGCUGGGCUAGUAACAUACCCAGGUAUCUUAUAGUUGGUGGUGCGGUUGCCGUCGCCUGUAGCCUUGACCAUGGUUUGUUGACCAAGGCUGUCAUUUUCGGGGUUGCAAGAAGGUUUGCAGGGAUCGGGAGAAAAUCAUGAUGUUUUUGACUGAAGGACCGUAAAUAAUACAUCAGCCACCUACCCUUAGCCCGUGAGAGAGUCGAGCAUGCUAGAGGUGCUACUUAAGAGGAAAUGUUCUGCAUCUUAUUUGAACAGAAAUUUCAAGUAUAUAUGUAGCUGCAUUUGCUCCCCGGCCUUCGCUAAUUUCUUAUAAUUCUCAUCAGCUGCCUUAACUAAUAUCAUCAUGCUAGCCUUCUUUUUUUUUUUUUUUUUUUUUAAUACUGCAUUGACAUAAUUAGUCGGUGACGGAUUUUAGGGACUACAAAUUGGGUCGGGUGUACAUGGCUAGAAAAAUAAAGCUAUUGAGGCCACAAAUUUGUACUUGAGAGAGCUUAUUCUGUAUACUGUUUGUAAGGAAAAAGUAUAAUCAGGUUUAUAUAUGUCUCAUGUGAUUAUUAUUAACGUUUUUAAUAGCAAGGGGUUCAGACUCUUUCUUGA